CAUGACCCCGAAUUGGCAGAAAAAAUCUGUCUCCGCAGGAGCCAUCGAAGCCCUCUUUUCCCUUUCUUCAUCAAUCGAUCAAAAACCUUUAUCUCUGGAUUCUUUCCACAACACCACCAGAAAAAGGAGCGAGACCAGUACGACACCACGUAUGUUCUUGUCUACUUCUUUUCUGAGCCUCCCAUAAAACAGCCAAAAAAAAAUUUGAAAAAACCAAUAAAAGUAGCCCCUACGACACCACCACGACCCAAAACCAGACAGAAAAAAAAAGAAAAAAAAGAAAGCCCAUCCUCUUCCGCCGCCCCGCCGACCAUCCGACGACCGCGUCCGACUUCUCUCGCGACCUACUCGUCCACCUCCGCAGGAAAGGAACCAUCUUCUUUGUCUACCGUCGCUACACUUUGCGUACGGUAACUUAUUUGCAGGAACACCUCAUUCCAAGCAUCAGGUACGUUUUAGACUCGCGGACAAACGACUAACUUUCCCACACACUUUUGCCUCGAACUUUGAGACAGCAGAGGACUGGAGUUAGAGUUUACUGCAGGCAGCAGUGUUGCCUACAAAAGCCCUCUUUCUUUCAAAGUGCGAGAGUCACCACAUUGCCCUUCUUCUAUCCAUCCAUCAUCACGUUUGAACAUUUUGGAACCUCGAGAUGAUCGUCCACCCACCACCACCAUCGCCAGCGACCCCUCCGCUGGCACCCCCACCACCCAGCACGCGAACAACAAAUUCUCCACAAAGACACAGCUCCCACAGAUCACUGACCGUGUCCACUCAUCUUCUAGACCCAGCUAUCAUAAUGGCCGCUCCCGUUGCCCCUGGCGCUGUCGACCAGCUUGCCGCUGAUCUCGGUAACACUAGCCUCAACGGCGGUGAGAACCGCAAUGCCCCCGCUAUCGAUACCAACGUGGCUGCUGGCCAGUUCCAGAACGAGGACCAGGAGGGCGCCGGCCCUACCCCCAACUCGGCCGCUCCUCACCCCCAGUCCUCGGCCUCCCUCUACGUCGGCGAGCUGGACCCGUCUGUGACUGAGGCCAUGCUCUUCGAGCUCUUCUCCCAGAUCGGCUCCGUUGCCUCGAUUCGUGUCUGCCGCGACGCCGUCACUCGUCGCUCUCUCGGCUAUGCCUAUGUGAACUACAAUGCCACUGCCGACGGCGAGAAGGCCCUCGAGGACCUCAACUACACUCUCAUCAAGGGACGCCCCUGCCGCAUCAUGUGGUCUCAGCGUGACCCUGCUCUGCGCAAGACUGGCCAGGGCAACGUCUUUAUUAAGAACCUUGAUGUCGCCAUCGACAACAAGGCGCUUCACGACACCUUCGCUGCUUUCGGUAACAUCCUGAGCUGCAAGGUCGCCCAGGACGAGAACGGCAACUCCAAGGGUUACGGGUUCGUUCACUACGAGACCGACGAGGCUGCCGCCAACGCCAUCAAGCACGUCAACGGCAUGCUUCUCAACGAGAAGAAGGUCUAUGUCGGCUACCACAUCCCCAAGAAGGAUCGCCAGAGCAAGUUUGAGGAGAUGAAGGCCAACUUCACCAACGUCUACGUCAAGAACAUCCCCGCCGAGGUCACCGACGAGGAGUUCCGUGAGCUCUUCGCCAAGUACGGCGAUGUCACCUCCUCCUCCCUUGCCCGCUCUGACGAAGGCAAGAGCCGUGGCUUUGGCUUUGUCAACUUCACUACUCACGAAGCUGCUUCCAAGGCUGUUGAGGAGCUCAACGGCAAGGAUUUCCGUGGUCAGGAGCUGUAUGUCGGCCGUGCCCAGAAGAAGCACGAGCGCGAGGAGGAGCUCCGCAGGUCUUAUGAGGCUGCUCGCCAGGAGAAGGCUAACAAAUACCAAGGCGUCAACCUCUACAUCAAGAACCUCGGAGAUGAUGUUGAUGAUGACAAGCUCCGCCAGAUGUUCUCCGAGUACGGCCCCAUCACCUCGGCCAAGGUCAUGCGCGACAGCGUAGUUGAGUCCGCCGCUGAGGAUGAGAAGGACAAGGAAAACAAGAAGGAGGGCGAGGAGGAGAAGGAGGGCGAAACCGCCGAGAAGAAGGCCGAGACCAAGGAGAAGCGCAAGCUCGGCAAGAGCAAGGGCUUCGGUUUCGUCUGCUUCAGCAACCCCGACGAUGCCACCAAGGCCGUCACCGAGAUGAACCAGCGCAUGAUUGACAACAAGCCCCUCUACGUCGCUCUCGCUCAGCGCAAGGAUGUUCGCAAGAGCCAGCUCGAGGCCAGCAUCCAGGCCCGCAACCAGCUCCGCAUGCAGCAGGCUGCCGCCCAGGCUGGUAUUCCUCAGCAGUUUAUGCAACAGCCAGUUUACUAUGCUCCCGGUCAGCAGCCUGGCUUUAUGCCCCCCACCGGCGGCCGUGGCAUGCCCUUCGCUCAGGGAGCUAUGGGCAUCCCUCCCCAGGGUGGUCGUCCCGGCCAGUACCCUCCCUAUGCUGGUCAGCAGGGCGGCCGUGGCGGCAUGCCUCCCCAGCAGAUGCCCAUCUACCCAAUGGGUGCUUUCCCUCCCAACUUUGCCCAGCCCAAUAACCCUCAGUUCCUUGCUGCCAUGCAGCAGAUCCAGGCUGCUGCUAUCCAAGGUGGCCGUGGCGGUCCUGGCCCUCGUGGCGUGCAGGGCAUGCCUCCUCAGAUCCCCGGUGGUCCCGUCGCCGGCUUCCCUCCCAACGGCAGAUCCCAGAACGGCAUGGGCCGUGGUGCCGGUGGCAACCGUGGUGGCUUUGCCGGCGGCCGUGGCGGUGCUCCCUCCGCUGGUCCCGCCGAUGUGAACAUCGCCGCUGUUCUCCACACCCAGCUCGCCGCUGCCGCUUCUCCUGCCCAGCAGAAGCAGAUCCUCGGCGAGAGCCUCUUCCCCAAGAUCCAGGCCAUCCAGCCCGAGCUUGCUGGCAAGAUCACCGGCAUGCUCUUGGAGAUGGAGAACCAGGAGCUCAUCAACCUCAUUGAGGAUGAGGCUGCUCUCAACGCCAAGGUCGGCGAGGCCAUGAACGUCUAUGACGAGUACGUCAAGACUCAAGCCACUGGCGAGGCCAAGGGUGAGGAGCCCAAGGCCGAGGAGAAGGCCGAGGAGAAGGCUUAGAUGCGGCGACACGAAUACGAAUGAUUCACACAGCAAGCCCGACUUUUUUCCUUUGGGGAUGCGCUUUCUUAUCUGUUUCCUUUCGGUUCUUCUCGGUCGAUCUUGCGCAAGGGGGUCGGGAAAAGUUUUUGAUACCAGCUUUAGCAGCGCAACAUGAUGUUCUUCUCGUCCAACGUGCCCGGUCGAGGAGGUUCGGCAUCGGAAGGGAUUUUUCUUUCGGGAGGUUAUGAAACGAGGGCGCACAGCUAACGAGAUGAUUAUCGUGGCAUUUGCUAUGACAUUGAUACGUUAUGGUCAUGUAACUUGCGGUAGACUUGCUUAUGAUUUGGCUGGUGGGAGUUUUUUUUAGUAUGGGAGGGAGGGGAAGGAAGGAACAUUUUUUUUUCCUUUUUCUCUUUUGUAUGUUUGCAAAAUGGCGCGGCCAUCUUUGCAGACUAUCACCACUACUACUCACUCACCAGCAACAUCAACAACAACAACAACAAGGAUUUGGGGCAGGGGGACGGGAUAAUUGUGUUUUUUUAUUUGUUUUUAUCUCAUCAACCGACUCUCGGGACUGGCGUUCUACGGUUGUUUUUCCUGGGGUGGUUGGGAAUUUUUCGGGAGCUGUUAUGGGCUCGGAUGACAAAGACAAAAAUGGCAUCACACAAUCACCAAAUACCCCCCUCUCGGUCGGUUCUUCUCUCUGUGUAUCAGUGCGGUUCUCUGGUGAUGGUGUGGAGGACUGGCUCUUGGUGGAUGAGAAGGAAAACUCAGUGUUCUGGAACUUAUGUCAAGUAUGAAGAUAGGACAAGAUUGUAUUUUUAUGAUGAUUGCGUUCUCGGGUGCUUGAUGUGUUGUUGUUAUUGGGUAGGGGAUUGGUAG